AUGUCCCUGCUCCCUCCCGAGGUCCACUCUGCGCUUUCCCAGCUGCUGGCCGCCUUGAGCACUCCAGAUAAUGCGGUUCGCUCUCAGGCUGAGGAACAGUUGAACAAUGAUUGGGUCCAGAAUAGGCCUGAUGUCUUGUUGAUGGGACUUGCUGAACAGCUUGAGGGUUCUAAAGACACAUUAGUGAGUCCCCGCUUUCCUCCCUUGAGAGACAAUACCUUACUGCGAAUUUCAACAAAGACUCGCAAGGACCCCGUGACCGGUGACGCCAAGGAGGUCUUCCUCUGCUUGCCCAACGAACAACGAGUGCUUAUCCGUGAAAAACUUGUGAACUGCCUUACAACCGAGUCUAUCACUGAUGUGCGCAAGAAGAUUGGUGAUGCGGUUGCCGAGGUGGCGCGGCAAUACACCGAUAAUGGCGACCAAUGGCCCGAAUUACUUGGAAUCCUCUUCCAAGCCAGUCAAUCCCCAGAGUCCGCUCUCCGAGAGACGGCUUUCAGAAUCUUCACAACCACACCUGGUAUCAUUGAGAAGCAACACCAAGAUGCUGUCGUGGGCGUUUUUACCAAGGGAUUCAAGGAUGAGAACAUUGCGGUUAGAAUUGCCGCUAUGGAAGCUUUCGCCGCUAUGUUCCGCUCUAUCCCCAAGAAAUCCCAGCCUAAGUUUUUCUCUCUUACGGGAGACCUUCUCAACAUCCUGCCCCCGCUCAAGGAAUCCAGUGAAAGCGAUGAGCUAUCUUCAUCCUUCCUUGCUCUGAUCGAGCUUGCCGAAAUCAGCCCCAAGAUGUUCAAGGGUUCUUUCACAGACCUGGUCAAAUUCAGUAUCAGUGUUAUUGCCGACAAGGAGCUCAGUGAUCAAGUGCGCCAGAACGCCCUGGAGCUUAUGGCCACCUUCGCCGACUAUGCGCCGAACAUGUGUAAGAGGGAACCCAAUUUUGCACAAGAGAUGGUUACGCAAUGUCUGAGUCUGAUGACCGAUGUUGGUGCUGAUGACGAGGAUGCAGAGGAGUGGAAUGCUUCUGAGGAUCUCGAACCUGAGGAGAGCGAUCUCAACCACAUUGCUGGUGAGCAAUGUAUGGACCGUCUGGCCAACAAGCUGGGUGGCCAGGCCAUUCUCCAGCCUGCUUUCUCCUGGAUUCCCCGUAUGAUGUCUUCUACUGCUUGGCGUGAUCGUCACGCUGCUCUCAUGGCCAUUUCCGCUAUUUCCGAGGGCUGUCGGGAUCUUAUGGUUGGUGAGCUUGAUCAAGUCCUUGCUCUUGUUGUGCCUGCUCUGCGCGACGCCCACCCUCGUGUUCGCUAUGCUGGUUGCAAUGCCCUCGGUCAGAUGAGUACCGAUUUUGCCGGAACUAUGCAGGAGAAGUACCACGGCAUUGUCCUCAACAACAUCAUUCCCUCUCACGCUGCUGCUGCCUUGGUCAACUUCUGUGAGGAGGCUGAACGCAGCAUCCUCGAGCCUUACCUUGGAGACCUUCUUAGCCGUCUCUUGGAGCUUCUGCGUAGCGAGAAGCGCUACCUUCAAGAGCAGGCUCUUUCCACCAUUGCUACCAUCGCUGACUCCGCCGAGACCGCUUUCGGACAGUACUAUGAAAACCUCAUGCCGCUGUUGCUCAGCGUUCUUAAGCAGGAGCAGGGUAAGGAGUACCGCUUACUUCGUGCCAAGGCCAUGGAGUGUGCUACCCUGAUUGCUCUGGCUGUUGGUAAGGAGAAGAUGGGCCCAGACGCCCUGAACUUGGUUCAAAUUCUGGGCCACAUUCAACAGAACAUCGUCGAUGCCGAUGAUCCUCAGUCACAAUACCUGCUUCACUGCUGGGGCCGUAUGUGCCGUGUGCUUAACCGCGACUUCGUCCCAUACCUUCCAGGUGUGAUGCCACCUUUGCUGACUGUGGCUGCCGCCAAGGCUGAUAUCCAGCUGCUCGAUGACGAGGAUCAGAUUGAGCAGGUGGAACAGGAUGAGGGCUGGGAGUUGGUGCCUCUCAAGGGCAAGGUCAUCGGUAUCAAGACCAGCGCUCUAGAGGACAAGAACACUGCCAUUGAGUUGAUCACCAUUUACGCCCAGAUCUUGGAGGAAGCCUUUGAGCCUUAUGUCCUGGAGACAAUGGAGAAGAUCGCCGUCCCCGGCCUUGCAUUCUUCUUCCACGACCCCGUUCGUGUCUCAGCUGCUAAGUUGAUUCCCCAACUGCUGAACUCUUACAAGAAGGCUCAUGGCCAGCAAACCCCCGGCUUCCUUGAGAUGUGGAACAAGGUUGCUGAGAAGAUCAUUGAGGUUCUGAGCGCCGAGCCCACCGUUGAUACUCUUGCAGAGAUGUACCAAUGCUUCUAUGAGUCUGUGGAGGUCGUUGGUCGCAACAGCCUGACCCCUCAACACAUGCAAGCAUUCAUCGACUCUGCGAAGUCUACUCUGGAAGACUAUCAGAUGCGUGUGAAGCAACGUUUGGAGGAGCAGGCUGAACUGGAGGACGGAGAUGAGGAGAACCUGGAUUACGAGUACGCUGUUGAGGAUGACCAGAACCUGCUCAGCGAUAUGAACAAGGCAUUCCACACCAUCUUCAAGGCCCAAGGCACUACCUUCCUGCCUGCCUGGCAACAGCUGAUCCAGUUCUACGACAAUUUCAUCACCAGCCAGGAUCCCACACAGCGCCAAUGGGCCCUCUGCAUCAUGGAUGAUGUUCUGGAGUUCUGUGGUGAGGAAUCUUGGACUUACAAGGACCACAUCAUGCAGCCUCUCGCCGCGGGUCUUCAGGAUGAGAAUGCCGCUAACCGCCAAGCGGCUGCUUAUGGUGUCGGUGUGGCCGCUCAGAAGGGUGGUAUUGCUUGGAGCGACUUUGUGGCUGCCAGCAUCCCAAGCCUUUUCCAGGUGACACAGCACCCACAGAACCGCACUGAGGAGCAUGUCUUUGCUACCGAGAACGCCUCGGCCAGUAUCGCCAAGAUUCUUCACUACAACCCAUCCAAGGUGCAAGCCGCCGACGACAUUCUGACCAACUGGAUUGAUACUCUGCCCAUUACCUUUGAUGAGGAGGCUGCACCCUACGCUUAUUCUUUCAUUGCACAGUUAAUUGACCAACAAAAUCCUAUCGUCUUUGCCAAGGCAGACCGUGUCUUUGGAUUCAUCGUGCAGGCCCUUGAAGCUGCUACCCUGCAAGGCCAAACCGCCACUCGUGUGGCACAGUCUGCCAAGUCAUUGGUGGCUGCUACAGGGCUGAACGCUGAGUCGAUCCUGGCCGGUGUCAGCCCUGAUAGCCAGGAGCGUGUGCGCAAAUUUUUCGCGUAA